UUAUUGUUAUCAACACGAGUGCAGAAACAAGACACAGUGCAUUUUGGCGGUUUGGAGUGUUUGGACUGUUUGGAGGUUUGUACAUUAAUGGACAAUAAUUAAAUAAUGCUGAUGAGCGACGAACGUGUGGUAUAGUAUCAGUGUUCGCGUGUUGUGUGCUCGAGUGCAGUCUGAGUUGGAAAACGGUAUAGUAGCCGUGGUUUUUAAUUUCUACUGAUAUCACAACCGUUUUGUAUGAUUAUGUUUUACCCAUAUUUUAGUAAUAUAAAUAUUACUAGGAUUAGUAGGACUAGGAUUUACUACUGUAUCGUAUGAUUUAAAAUAGUAUAGAAGAUGUUUUUAUAAUACCGAAUUCGUGAUUGGUCGUUUAUUGUCUACUGCGUGGCGUUACCUUAACAGGGAUUACGAAAAUUUAAAAUAUUUUUCUUGGUUGUCUUUUGGAAAUUCUUAGCCACUGUUUUUUAAUAGCCAGUUUUUAGCCAUGUCUUCAUCCGAUGCUUCUACAUAUCUCUAAAUUUGUUUCUCAUGAUGGGUUAUAUGUCAAGUACGUUGGUCAACUGGAUAUGUAUAUCAAGUAUUAGUGCUUCAUUAACAUUCAUAUGGCUACAUUAUGGAAAGAAAAGAACUAAGAACUGUACCAAAGUAGUGUUCUAUGAACCUACAAACAUAAAAACCUGCAAUUGUCUAUGCUCAUAUGAUAUUAAUUGUUUAAUUGAAAAUUGUCCAAGCUCUAAAACCAGAGAAAUUAUUUUGUGUUUACAAAAAGCAAGAAAAACAAUGGAUAUUUGUAUGUUUGUUAUAUCUAAUAAGCCGAUUACAGCGGAGAUUAUUGCUGCCUAUAAACGGGGAGUACUUAUUAGGAUUAUAGUUUCUAAUUGCAUUUUAUUUGAAUCAAAAGAAAUUAAAGYCCUUAAGACUAUUGGCAUUAAAUUAAAAUACCAAAACAAUUCUAGUUCUAGUUAUAUGCAUCAUAAAUUUGCUAUUGUUGACUCUACAUGGUUAAUUCAAGGUUCUAUGAAUUGGACACAUCAAGCUACUUAUGGCAAUUGGGAGAAUUUUAUAAUAACAGAUUUGCAAAGUUUAAUAAUUCCAUUUUCCGUAGGUUUUGAAAAAAUAUGGGAAAAAACUAUUUUAGUUGCAUAAAAUAUCUGUAUUUUAAAUAUUCAA